AGCCCGCUCCUCCAAGCUGGAGGGGCGGUGCGAUGAGGCAGCUUCGGGGCUGGAGGUCAGCACGGCGGGUGGCGCCGCACCCCUGAGGAGCCCGGUCCACACGGAAGAGCGGGGCUUUCCACCGCCGCCGCCGCCUUCGGACCUCUCCCGGGAUACUUCACAUUUCCCUAGGGACAGGAGCCCGAGGGGUCCGCUCGGCCCUCCUCCUCUUCAGCUUGCGCUGCGAGCUAAAGAGCUAGGCGUGGCGGGCUGGGCCGACACCCCGCUGUAGGACUGUAACCCUUAGUCCCAAUGCCUCCGUAAGCGGAGUUGAGUGGGUGCAGGUGGUUGGAGCUGUGGAGGUGUCCCCGGUGGCGAGCGCGGCCAGAACUGCGGUCACUUAAGUUUUCCGUGUGCGCGUUUCAAGGAGCAUGCGUGCGUCUGGUGUAAUUUGGCCUGCUGAGAUUCUGCCUUAGCAAGAAAGGAGCGGGAAAUACUCUUGGAAAGAAAACUAAAACAGUAAGAAAGCCAAAACUUAUUUUUACAUGGUUGUCAGCACAUUUACCGAUAUGGACACUUUUCCCAAUAAUUUUCCUCCUGGUGGAGACAGCGGAUUGACAAGUUCUCAGUCAGAGUUCCAGAAAAUGUUAAUUGAUGAAAGGUUACGAUGUGAGCAUCAUAAAGCUAAUUAUCAGACUCUGAAGGCUGAACACACAAGGUUGCAUAAUGAAUAUGUAAAGUUACAAAAUGAACUCAAGCACCUGUGUAAUGAAAAGCAAACUCAGCAGGAAAAACUUCAGCUGCUGCUUGAAGAGCUAAGAGGAGAAUUAGUAGAGAAAACUAAAGACUUAGAAGAAAUGAAACUGCAGAUAUUAACUCCACAAAAAUUGGAAUUGCUAAGAGCCCAAAUACAGCAAGAAUUAGAAACUCCAAUGAGAGAACGUUUUCGGAAUCUAGAUGAAGAGGUGGAAAAGUAUAGAGCUGUAUAUAAUAAGCUUCGCUAUGAACAUACAUUUCUCAAGUCAGAAUUUGAACACCAGAAGGAAGAGUAUGCACGUAUUUUAGACGAAGGAAGAAUAAAAUAUGAAUCAGAAAUUGCAAGACUGGAGGAAGAUAAAGAAGAACUACGUAACCAGCUGCUUAAUGUUGAUCUCACAAGAGACAGCAAACGAGUGGAACAACUUGCUCGAGAAAAAGUCUAUUUGUGUCAAAAAUUAAAAGGUUUAGAGGCUGAAGUAGCAGAAUUAAGGGCUGAAAAGGAGAAUUCUGAUGCUCAGGUGGAAAAUGCCCAAAGAAUACAGGUGCGGCAGUUGGCUGAGAUGCAGGCUACAGUCAGAUCCCUGGAGGCUGAAAAACAAUCAGCUAAUUUACGGGCAGAACGCUUGGAAAAAGAGCUACAAUCAAGCAGUGAACAAAAUGCGUUUUUAAUUAAUAAAUUGCAUAAAGCUGAACGAGAAAUAAGUACAUUGUCCAGUAACGUGAAAGAACUUAAACAUUCAAACAAACUGGAAAUAACAGACAUCAAACUGGAGACAGCAAGGGCUAAGAGUGAGCUAGAAAGAGAAAGGAAUAAGAUUCAAAGUGAACUGGAUGGAUUACAGUCAGACAAUGAAAUUCUCAAAGCAGCUAUUGAACACCACAAAGUGCUCUUAGUAGAAAAGGAUCGUGAAUUAAUACGUAAAGUACAAGCUGCCAAAGAAGAAGGUUAUCAAAAACUUGUGGUAUUACAAGAUGAAAAGUUAGAACUCGAGAACAGAUUAGCAGAUUUGGAGAAAAUGAAAGUAGAACAUGAUGUCUGGAGGCAAUCUGAAAAGGAUCAGUAUGAGGAGAAAUUGCGGGCUUCACAGAUGGCAGAAGAGAUCACCAGGAAGGAGCUUCAGAGUGUUAGGUUAAAACUUCAACAACAAAUUGUGACUAUUGAAAAUGCAGAGAAGGAAAAAAAUGAAAAUUCUGACCUAAAACAGCAAAUCAGUAGUUUGCAGAUCCAAGUGACCUCACUUGCACAGUCAGAGAAUGACUUGCUGAAUUCAAACCAAAUGCUGAAGGAAAUGGUGGAGAGAUUAAAACAAGAAUGCCGAAAUUUUAGAAGCCAAGCUGAAAAAGCGCAGCUAGAAGCUGAAAAGACAUUGGAAGAGAAACAGAUACAGUGGUUGGAAGAAAAGCACAAGCUUCAUGAGCGUAUCACAGACAGAGAAGAAAAGUAUAAUCAAGCUAAGGAGAAACUUCAGCGAGCUGCAAUUGCCCAGAAAAAGAGAAAAUCUCUCCAUGAAAACAAAUUGAAAAGACUACAACAGAAAGUAGAAGUCUUGGAGGCAAAGAAAGAAGAAUUAGAAACAGAAAAUCAGGUGUUAAAUAGACAAAAUGUUCCUUUUGAAGACUAUACAAGGCUUCAAAAAAGACUAAAAGAUAUACAGAGAAGACAUAAUGAAUUUCGAAGUCUAAUUUUGGUCCCUAACAUGCCUCCAACGGCAUCUAUCAAUCCUGUUAGCUUUCAGUCAUCAGCCAUGGUUCCAAGCAUGGAACUACCAUUUCCUCCUCAUAUGCAGGAGGAACAACAUCAAAAGGAACUCUCCCUACUUCGCAAAAGACUAGAAGAACUGGAAACAACACAAAGAAAACAACUAGAGGAACUUGGAUCUUCUGGAGAAUGAUGUUCUUGGAGAACAGGCAGAUCAAAAGAGAGCCCUGGUGUCUUGGAAGGGGAAGUUACCUGGCGGUCACGGAGCUACUGUCACCCACUAAACGUCUGUGGGGUAGGAAGGAGGACUAGGGCCGUCGGUGUCCAAGACCCUCUUGAGCACCUGGUGGAGGGACAUCAGACCCCUGCACCAGCUGGAAUUAUUCCACUGAAAGUGAAAGUAUCGCCGACUGGCUGGAUGCCACUUCCUCCUGGCGAGCCGAGCCGCCCCCUCACCACCCAGAGUGCUCGAGAUGCUCUUGAAUCAGCACUGUGAAAUCUUGACCCAGAAUGCUUUGCUCAAGGAGGCCGUUUGGGCUCGCAGCCCAGAUUUUCUGAACAUCUCACCCCUCUAAUGCCCAAGAGCAGCCCUUCAAAACUCAGAGUUAAGAAUCACAAGAUCCAGUAGAAAGAGCUGGAAAGGGAUUUAAAGGUAACGCCCACACACGCCCAUCAUCUGGUGGAUUGAAAACAGAUGCCCAGAUGGAACGAGCCAUGCCUAGGGACACACAGCUGACUGGGGCUGAGAGGAUUCCAGAGCCCAGACCUAUUGCUUCUAACCAAGACCCCUAGUCUGGUGCUCUCUCUGCUACCUCAGGGGCUUGCAAAAAUCAUGGAUUGCUGGGCUCCACUUCCGGAGCUUCUGAUCCAGUGAGACCGUGGUGGGGCAGGAGUUGGCCUUUGAAGACCAAGACCAGGGAACUGGGUGAGAGUCCUGGUGCCUCCAUCUAGCAGCUGUUGUGGCUAAAGCAAAGACAGUGGGAAACAAAAAAUAUUCGUCCCAGAAAUAACUGGCUCAACAUCUCCCCAAAGCCUCUGAUGAUUUAUACCAAGUAAACAGAAAAGAAGGCAGAUUUCAUUAAUCUUAAUAAAUGGGUAUUGCCUUAGGGAGAGGAAGGGGUUGGUGAGAAAUAAAAAAAAUGUUGUGCAUCUACUUGUAAGAUUGCAUUAAACAUUAAACUAA